UGCAGCUUUCACCCUCACGGGCCCCGGAAAUGACGUCACAGUAGAUACCGGCCGGCAAUCCCGUCUGCAGGAUCACAUUCAUGUCCACGGGUUCGAGGUUGAACGCUACGAAUCCGACAUUUCCACGGGCAAACGCGAUCUGGUUGUUACCAUUGUCCCACCAAUGCAUCAACGGCGUUCCCCAGGCAAGAUUACGGAAGUGGAUCAUGCUAUACAUCUGACGCCAUCGGUGCUCACACACCCAACCGCCGCCGCACGUCUUGUCCGGAUUAAUGAUGGGCGAGAGAAGAUUUCCCUGCGCAUCGGCCGGUGGACCCUGAUCGAAGCUGGUGAAAUCGAACGAACUCAUAAUGCGCAGCUGGCCAAAAGGAUAGGCUGCAGCAAAGGCGGUAGCCAUUUUGUACGGCUUUGGUUGUUUGUACGUGAGGAUUCCAUCAUGGCCGCGCUGGUUAUCGUGAUUAUCUACGAACACGAACGCAUCGCGAGUAGAAAGCAGACCCCAGGAUUCGCCAAAGUUGGACAACCAACGGAGAGCGUCAUUUCCACCGAAUGCUCGGCCCAGAUAGUGCGAGAACAUAAACUCUGUGACCGUGCCGAGAUGUAUGUACUCGUACUUUCGGACCGCUUCGUGGCUACCCAUAUCGAUAACCUCCUGGGCGAGGAAAGCUCUCGAGCCGGGGGCAAAUCCGUACGCGGUGUUGAGGUUAUUGAGUCGUCCGAAGAUCACCUCCAGAUCUGCGGGCCACAUGUGCUUGGCGGCAUCCACACGGAACCCGGCUACUCCGAGCUCAAUCAGAUGGUUCAGGAAAUCGACGAUACGAUCACGAACCCACGGUACACCUUGGUUGAGAUCAUGCAGUCCUACAAGUUCACAGUUACGGAUCUCGAUCGCGUUGUUCCAAUCGUUGAUCGCACACGGUUGGUUGAAAUCGGGCCAUCCGAAAGGCACUGCCGGGAAUUGACGAUCGGAGGGAAUGGCCGUGGACCCACCAGUACCAAUAGCCGGUUCGACGGGCUGCGUUGCUCCCAUGUGGUUAAUGAUGAUGUCCACGUAGAGACGCACACCAGCCGCAUUGCAGCGUCUGGACAUGUCGGCAAACGCAGCUUCCGAACCAGAGCGGGUCUCUAGCUUGAAGGAAAUGGGCUGAUAACGUUCCCACCAUGGUCGGUUCCCGUUCGCUUGCCGAAUCACGAUAUUUUCGUUCACUGGAGAUAGCUGCACACCUCCAUAGCCUUUCGGUCCCAGGAAACGUUCACAUUCAUCCGCAAUAUCGCUCCAUUUCCAUUCGAACAGAUGCACAAUGGUGCUGUGACCGCGGACAAAGUGUGGAUCAUGCUGACCAGCUACCGGACUACCGGUAAACGCGACCGCCAACACCAGGAACACUACCAAACGCGCAGAAUCGUUCAUUUUUCUAGCAGGCAAGUUUAACGACACCCGAUUUCGGGGGACUGGACCACCACGUAGAAGGCCCGUCCAUUUUAUAGCUGCGCAUGGACAAAUCAGUUGAUAGCCUAGCAAUGUUUUGGAGUCGAUUGUUUUAUCGACGAACAUUACACGAUACGGGUGCCACAGAUAAGGUUGCUUGUUCGAAUGUUGGAUGGUGGAGCUUGUUCGACAGGAAGACUUUCAUCAGUGGAGAUUAGUUAUCUAGCUUUUCUAGUAUGUUACAAGGGGUGUGAAUGGAGCUCGCAGGACUGAAAUACUUUAACUAUAUUCUGACAAAAGGUCCUUUUUAUUUUUCCUGCUAUGGUCAAGGGAAAUGAAACCAUUAUCACUACAAUCUAUGCAUUUGCCAAAUUAUAUGUAGCAAGUGAAAAAGCAUAGAACCUUAAAUAGCUAAACGUAGCCAAAAUCAACCGUAAUUUUGAAGACCACCUACCAACCACUGUGCACGACGCCUUCUAGAACUUUAAUUCGAGCAGUGUUCGAGCAGCUUCAAAUACAAACAAUCACACCACCGACUGGCAACACUGCUCACUUACUUGACAUUUGCACACCCAAGCCGAAUGGUGGAGGAGUCGCAGCAAAUCCGUGUUGCAUUUUCAGCAAAAAGUACACGUCAUUUUAUCGAUUUUUCAACCCCAGCACGGUGGUAAUUGCAUUCCAGUAAGUGGCCAGCCAUCAUGGUGUUGCAAAAGUCGUUGCGCGCUAACGCGGACAGCGAGAAAGAAAACAAAACGACCGCAGCGUCUGUUGCGGUUAGCAGCGGCGGCAGCGGCAGUGGUGGCAGCAAUACACAUGCGGGAGACGGCAGCACUGCCGCCGGGGGUUCCAAACAAACGAAAGAAAAAGCUUCCGACACCCAGAUCGUUGGGCCGGAUGGCGUUAGCUCGAGUGCGGCCGGAUCACCGGAUGCUAGUGGUGGAGAGGCUAACAAAGAUGAGCUGGUUAUUGGCGAGGAGUACAUGGUUCAGCGACAGGAUGGUUCGUGGCAUCCGGCACAAUUGAUUCAAUCACGUCAAAACCCUUGCGAUCCGAAGCAGCUAGAGUACUACAUUCACUACGAAGGGCUUAACCGGCGGCUAGACCAGUGGGUGACGCGAGAUCGAAUAUCUAGCGAUGGCAUUCCGGGCGGCAGUCCAACCGGUGCCGGUGGCGAUCGUCCCUCUAGUGUAUCUAUUCCAUCAAAUGCGUCGGGCGAUGGUACCUCGGCUAGGAAAAGUCCUCUCGGAUCGACCACAGCCAACGCCAAAGAUCGAUUUUAUGGGUUGAAACCGGGAUCGAAGGAAGCCGGUUCGUUAAUAAGCAGUGGUGCGGACUACAUCGGUUCCAGCCUUGAUGGGACGGACACGGAUCGCAAGAUAACGCGCAACCAAAAGCGCCGUCACGAUGAGAUAAACCACGUACAGAAAACGUACGCCGAUAUGGACCCAACAACAGCUGCACUGGAAAAGGAGCACGAAGCGAUCACGAAGGUGAAGUACAUCGAUAAACUGCGCAUUGGCAAGUACGAAAUCGACACUUGGUACUUUUCACCGUAUCCGGAGGAAUACGGCAAGGUUGGCACGAUGUACGUGUGCGAGUACUGCCUACGAUACAUGCGGUUGGCCAAAACCCUAAAGGAACACAAAGCCGUCUGUACCAGACGGCAGCCACCGGGGAAUGAGAUCUACCGGAAGGGAACAUUGUCCAUCUUCGAAAUCGACGGUAAAGACCACCGGUUCUAUUGCCAAACGCUUUGUCUGAUGGCAAAACUGUUCCUCGAUCACAAAACGCUCUACUACGAUGUGGAUCCAUUCUACUUUUACGUGCUGUGUGAAAUCGAUCGCGAAGGACAGCACAUUGUCGGUUACUUUUCCAAGGAAAAGGAAUCGCCCGAAGGAAACAAUGUCGCCUGCAUUCUCAUACUACCACCCUACCAGCGAAAGGGCUACGGCAAGCUGCUGAUCGCCUUCAGUUAUGAACUAUCGCGCCGUGAGGGCAUUAUUGGCAGCCCCGAGAAGCCACUGUCUGAUCUCGGAAAGCUUAGCUAUCGUAGCUAUUGGGCGUACACGCUGCUGAAACUCAUCAAGGACUACCGGACGACGACGAUUAAAGAGUUGAGCGAACUGUCCGGAAUCACGCCGGAAGACAUCAUCUACACGCUACAGUCGAUGAAUAUGGUAAAGUAUUGGAAGGGUCAGCACGUUAUCUGCGUAACGGUGAAGCUGAUCCAGGAGCAUCUGCAGAUGCCACAGUUUAAAAAGCCGAAGCUGAUGGUAGAUCCGGCGUACCUCAAGUGGACACCGCAGAAGCGCAAUAAUCCCGCAAAGCAGAUAAAGAAAAAUUAGAUUUAGAAACACAAAUGUCUAUGACCCCGUUUAGCUGUGUGGAAAUGCAACUUUGAAUCGAGGUUCAAAGAGAAACAGUCGGAUUUGAAAAGCA